CCCUUCCUCACGUAGCAAAACACGAUUUGGCAGUCAACCGGACAAGUUGGCUUGUCGAUUUAUUCUGUUUCCAACCUCGCUCUUCUCCACGCCAAAGAGGAAGCAGAGGAGAAGCGGAGAUUUCUGUCGCCCUCGAUCGCUCGGCCUCCGCCGCCAACCGCCCUUCCACGAUCUGCAGCUGAGGGAACGAUGGGGCUCACCUUCGCGAAGCUCUUUAGCCGCCUGUUUGCGAAGAAGGAGAUGAGGAUACUGAUGGUCGGUCUUGAUGCGGCUGGUAAGACGACCAUCCUUUACAAGCUCAAGCUCGGAGAGAUUGUCACCACUAUUCCAACCAUCGGCUUCAAUGUUGAGACUGUCGAGUACAAAAACAUCAGCUUCACUGUCUGGGAUGUUGGUGGUCAGGACAAGAUUAGACCACUGUGGAGGCAUUACUUCCAGAACACACAGGGUCUUAUUUUUGUGGUUGACAGCAAUGACCGAGAUCGUGUUGUUGAGGCAAGGGAUGAACUCCACAGAAUGCUGAAUGAGGACGAACUAAGGGAUGCUGUCUUGCUUGUGUUUGCUAACAAACAAGACCUUCCAAACGCAAUGAAUGCUGCUGAAAUCACGGAUAAACUUGGUCUGCAUUCCCUGCGUCAGCGACACUGGUAUAUACAAAGCACUUGUGCCACAUCUGGUGAGGGGUUGUACGAGGGGCUUGAUUGGCUCUCCAGCAACAUCGCCAGCAAGUGACCAUGGUUGCUCCGAGGAACUUAACAGCGGGUAGUAAUCUACAUUUACGGUUUGUUAUAUGUUUUCGUGGCAUGGUUACCAAGGCCUUUUGCAUUUAGAAGAAUACCUUCAAGUAAUAGAUUGCAGUAAAACAGGGACGUCCUGACUACCUUAUACAGGUUUUCAUGUCUUCUGUAUUCUUUUUUUCUGACAUUGUUGGCUUUGUUGAUGAGAGAAUCCUACUUCUGCUCGUAGACAUUAUUAUCUGAUAAUUCUUUCCGACA